UCCUCGCCGGAAAAGGGGCGGUUGCGUAAGAUGAUCCGCUCGGGCAGGAGUUCGGCGCAGGCGAUGACCCGGGCGCGGAUUCUGCUGAAGAUAGAUGAGGGUUGGAGCGCUCCCCAAGUAGCCGCUGCUCUGGACAUCUCGGAGCGGACCGUGUUCCGGGCCAAACGGCGGUACGCCGAGGAAGGGUUGGAUGAGGUGCUGCGGCACCACAACCAGGUCCAGCGGCAUCGGAAGGUAGAUGAAAGGGUGGAGGCCCACCUG